UUCGUCAAUAAGAUGUCAGGUCCACUAUCAGAUGGCGUCGCCGGCGAUACUAAUAAUCACGGUGUCAACGUAAAUGUGAUGUAGUGAUGUGAAUAGUACUCGUACUUCAGUGCAAAAUACCUAAUUGAAUGAUAAUCCAAAAACAAUGUGACAAUGUUACGAAUAAAGAGUGAAUGAACGUUGCCAUGGACUCCGAACUGGACAUCCAGAACUUCUUCAACUGCACCCAGCAGAUCCUGGGCCAGGAGAAGUGGUCGCACCUGAACGUCACGCAGCUGUUAGACCUGCUGCCGAACCAGCUCGUCGAGGAUAUUGAACUCAAGUCCAUACCUCAGGACGUUUCGUCAAACGCGCAGCGAGACAUCAGAUCUUCUUCAGAUUUAUAUGCUCUGUCAUCUCACCGAAGGAUGCGGACGGUGACCAACUGUUUCCUGGUCAACCUGGCGGUGGCCGACCUCCUAAUGGCCACGCUAAAUGGAGCCCCCAACUUUGUAUUCCUAGUGACUGCUCACUGGCCUUUCGGGGCUGCCACGUGUACCGCCAGCAACUUCACUGCGAACCUAACUGUGUCCGCUGGAGUGUUCACCUUGGUGGCUAUUACCGUUGACAGGUACGUGGCGAUAGUGAAGCCGCUACAGCACCGGCUGAGCAGACGCGUGGCCCGUGCAGCGCUGUUCACAGUCUGGUGCGCCAGCGCACUACUCGCGUUACCCAGCUUGCUGUACUCAGACACGUACAAAAAACAGUACAUUAAUGGGGAACGAGAAAUAUGCUUCAUCAAGUGGCCUGACGGAAGCUAUCCUACAUCAAGAGCUGACUACAUCUACAAUCUCGUGUUCCUGGCGGUGACGUACGUGGCCCCGAUGGCGGUGAUGGUGUGGGCUUACGCGCGGAUGAGCGCGGCGCUGCGCGGAAGGGCCAUUGGGGAGUGCACACACCAUCAAAUGCAGGUCGUCCGGGCUAAAAGAAAGGUAGUGCGAAUGUUCGUGCUCGUCGUUAUGGUGUUCGCGCUGUGCUGGCUACCUUACCACGCUUACUUCGUGCUGGUCUACCACCACCAGAGUCUAGCAUCAGCGCCGUUCGCCCAGCACAUAUACCUGGGCUUCUAUUGGCUAGCCAUGGCCAAUUCUAUGUUCAACCCACUCAUUUACUAUUGGAUGAGUAAUAAAUUUCGUAUCUACUUCCGGGUGGUAUUAUGUUUCUGUUGGGCAACAAAGUCGGCGACACCGAACGACUUGAAGAAAUUAGAAAUGAACAAAUCAUUUUCAGUGAGCCAGAGGCACUACCGGGACGUAUCCUCCUUCAGCAGAGCAUGACAUUCGAGGAGACGGAGCAACCCGUCUCGGUCACUUCCACCGCAUGAUCAUUCGAAUGCCACGGAGCUGUUCACGAAUGGUAAUGCAGUGAGGAUGAACCCCAAAGGGGACAGGGACGACAGACACUACCACGUGUGUGAUGACCAGCUAUAAUGGUACAUUCAGUGAUAAGUGUUGAAGUGAAUAAGAUAUGAAGUGCUGUGAAUAAGUGAUGGAGUUUGAAGUCUCUAAAAUAGUUCAGUCGUAAGUGUAAAGUUUCAAUUUAAAACUCGAUAGUUUUUUAGGGCUACCGUACCUACUAAUUCGAAAUGGAAAACUAUAGCAACAUUAUUAUAGAUAUUUUCAGACUUACUUUUACUGAACCUAUUUACUUUUAUAUUCAACAGUAAAAGUCCUAUUAUGAUUAUUAUGAAAUGAUGAUGAUGACGAUAAUGACAAUGUACGGAAGCCCCGCAUGCUAGUAUAAACUCGUAUUUGGCCGUUUUUUAUACGAUAUGCUCAAUAAAAUAGGGCUAAUCUAUUAUAAGUUAUAAAAUAACGAGUUAGGUACUACAUUAAUAUUACGCGUAUUUGUAUGAUGUGAUAAUAACAUAAAUUUUAUUCCAUCUUCUAUUUGUAAGAGUAUUGUAAAGGAAUCCGUAUCAAGUUUUCAAUUUGUUUUCUAGUCAUCAUGCUUUUGUAUGAUUGCUUCUACUUAAUAAGUUGUAGUUUUCACUUUAAUAAAAUUCAUAAGAUAUUAAAUUUGAUAUUCUUAUCUUUAUAAUUCUAAUCAUUGUUAUUAUAAUGAAUCCCAACUAACGACUUCAAAUUGUAUAAGU